CGCUUCUUAUACCUUCAAACCCAUUUCUCCUAAUCCCUUCCUUCUUCACAACACUCCCUUUGUAACUCUUAUUACAUGCCUCAUUCUUCAUCUAUGUUAAGAAAAGCUUUUAAAUAACCAAUACUAGUAAUAACUUCCUUUAUAAAAAAGUUUUCUUUAAAGAAAAAUGGUGAGAUCUUGCUCUUCCAAAUCAAAGAAUCCCUGGACAGAUGAAGAUAACGCCUCCCAGAAGUUUGCCUUUGCAUCUUCCUCCAAGAACGGAUCCACUCCUAAGAAAAUAGGACUUAGGAGAUGUGGGAAGAGCUGCAGAGUGAGAAAGACUGAUAACGCAGGAGCUAAGCAUGAGAGCUUCACUCCUGAAGAAGAAGAUCUUAUCAUCAAGAUGCACGCAGCAAUGGGAAGCAGGUUAUGGCCACUUAUUGCACAACAUCUACCAGGAAAGACAGAAGAAGAAGUGAAGAUGGUUUGGAACUCAAAACUAAAGAAGAAACUGUCCCAAAUGGGAAUAGAUCAUGUCACUCACCGUCCUUUCUCUCAUGUGCUUGCUGAAUACGGCAACAUCAACGGUGGUGGUGGUGGUACCCUAAACCCUAAUCCCAUGAACCAAACCGGAUCUCUUGGACCUAAUCCCUCCCUCAACGAAGAUUCUCAUCAACAACAACAACAACAAUCUAAUGAUUCAGGAGAUCUCAUGUUUCACCUACAAGCAAUCAAGCUUAUGACCGAGUCAUCAAACCAAGUCAAGCCCGAGUCUACGUUUAUGUACGCCUCUUCCUCUUCUUCUAACUCCUCUCCUCCGUUGUUCUCUUCAACUUGUUCUACCAUAGCUCAGGAGAAUUCGGAGGUUAACUUCACCUGGUCUGACUUUCUUCUUGACCAAGAAACCUUUAAUGAAAACCAACAGAACUAUCCUGAUCAAGAAUUAGACAACUUGUUUGGUAAUGAGUUCUCUGAGGCAGAGGCUGUAGCUACAGUGGCUAAUACAUCAGCUCCAGAUGCUCGAAUCGAAGAAGAGUCUCUAAGCAAUGGGUUCGUUGAGUCGAUUAUAGCUAAAGAAAAAGAGUUGUUCUUGGGGUUUCCAAGCUAUUUGGAUCAGCCUUUUCAUUUCUAGUUUAUUUUUCUUCCUCUUCUCAAGUCUCAACUACUAAAUAAAGAAACAAUGUAAUAAAGAGACAGUUGCUUUAUUAUAAUGGAGAAGCAAAAAAUAGAGAAAGAGAUGAAUCUUAUUAAUGUUAUUUUGGGUUCAAGAAAUCUUUUUAAUGUUGAUUUUUUCAUUACCUAUUAUCAUACAUAGUGUAUAUGAUUAUUGCUAUAAAAUCUAAAUGAGGAAAGAUAAUUUCAAAAAACAUAAAUGAAAAGAUUCAAAGAGCAAACUUGGACUUGAGAUUGUUCACAGUUGCAUCAUCAAUCCUAACUCCUAUUUUGACUUUUCUCUUUUACUAUUUUACUCAAUUUUCUUAAGACAUUAGAUCUAAUGUUUCAUAGCUGAGUGAUACUAGUCAUUAUGAUCCUAUGAUUUCUAUCCAAUCUAACCUGUCUCUUUCAAAGGAUGAAAUAUCGAAUCUCCAUCCAACACUUCACUCUCUUAGCCAUUAUGAUCAAUCAGAGACUUCUUCAUAAAUCGAACAGACCAUCUUGGACUAUUCUGAGCUGCGUCACAAAGUGGAAUCCCAAAGAAUCUAUUGCUUACCUCCUUUGGCAAAACUCGGUGUUCUAUAUCAUCAACUGACUACUGAGUCCCCUGAGGCGCCUUUCGUGUUAAAAAUCUUCAUUCUCUGACAGUUCUGAGUACUAAGAUACGAGACAAGUCCAAGGUUCUUUGAUUGAAUGAGACUCUAGGAGAGGGGCUAGGAACACCAAAGAAAGAGUGGUUAUAAUUUUUGAGGUCGAAGAACUUAACGAAUUGGUUAGAGAAGAAAGCGAGAUGGUCCCAUUCAAGGAUAGCAUAGAUUAAGAAGUGUGGGAAUGUUCCAAGUUGUUGUCCUAUGAACUUCUUGACAUUAUUGUGAUUGCAAAAUGCUUAUCAUGAAGAUAGAAGCAACCACAGAGAGAGCAAGAGUUGAGAACAUGAUCUGGAAAGGUGACAUGAAGGUUUGAGAUGGUGGCAGAGAAGAAAAACAGGAGGUUAUGUUAUGCCCACCAUUAUUACUUAUGUUCCUAUUUUUGGAAUGGAAAAUUUUUGAACCAAGGUUGAAACCCAAAACUGGCAAAUUUAGAAUGGUUUAUAAAGACUUAUUUUCUGAUUCUUUUUAUUUUUCAGAGAUAUCUGUUGAAGCACAUAUAGACUUUUUAACUACACCCAAGUCCUAACUAUCAUCUAUAAGAAAACAAAAAUCCAUCAAAAAAAAGUCAGAGUGGAACAUUACAUUAUUUAUGGAAUUAAAGGUGAUCCUGAUAAGAUAUUCGAUGAACCACAUACAUACAUUUUAGCUUAUCCCAAAAGAUAAGAUAUAGAAAGCCCCACAAAUCACCAACCAACCAUUGAUUGAGAUGGGCCACAUGAGAGUCACAACUUCUUUUAACUUACAUACCACAAAACAAACCACACACACAGAGCAGAGUUUUACAAACAAUACAAAACAUAGAUGAUGAA